UGACCUUGCUGCCUGACGCUGUGUCUGCUCCCGGGAAGGAUGAACCCGGUGUUCCGGAGAGCGUGGAGCUGCCUGCUUCCCCUGGGAGCCACCCAGCCGGCGGGAGAAUUAAAAUUGUUAUCGUGGUGCCGAGCGUUACACAUUGGUGUUAAAAGAUUCCAACAAGUUGCUGAAAUUGCAGGCAUUCAAAGUUCCAAAGAAUUCAGCCCAACUCCACCAUUUCCUGGACAAAGCAGCACAUUGCGAUGGGGAGGAAAGAAGUUUGAAGAAUUACCAAUAGUCCACGUGAAAGCAACUUAUAACAAUACACAUGUCCAGGUGACCAGUUUUGAUAACCAGUCACUAGUACGCACAUCAUGUGGCACUGAGGGCUUCAGAAAUGCUAAGAAGAGCAGUACCGUAGCAGCUCAGACAGCAGGGAUCUCAGCAGCAGCAAAAGCCAUUACUAAAGGUGUGUCUCAUGUGAGAGUUAUUGUAAAAGGCUUGGGACCCGGAAGACUGUCUGCCAUCAAAGGGUUAACAAUGGGAGGACUUGAAGUGAUUUCAAUUACAGACAACACGCCCAUACCACACAAUGGAUGUCGACCACGUAAAGCACGCAGAAUGUGAAGCCUACUACAGGGGAACCCGGCUGCGGAGAAUCGGCAACAAAAUCUAUCCAUAGACUCCAUCCUUGAAAGCUGCCACUCUGCAUUCAGACCCAUUACAAAGCCUGCCGUGCACAGCUCAGAGAGGCUCUGCUGGUACAGUCUCAUUCCAUGAAGUGGUUAACAUGAAAAUGACGAAAAGAGAUUUUGUCAAGACAAUUUUGUGUUGAUUUUUUCUUUUUUUUUUUUUUUUUUGCUUUUAAGAUGCCUUUAAUAAAAUGAAAAUGUCAGAAAA